CAUUGGAUCGCCUUUAAGAAGGAAGGAGGCCGAUGCUAGGGUGUGUUUAUUAAACUGUUGACUUGUGAAACAGAUAUAGUGUAGAUAUUGUGUCUGGAAUCAUCAGGCAGGUAGGAUGGAGAUCAGGCCGUUGCUCAUGUGCUUUGCCCUCUGCGUGGUCUAUGCCACCAGUAAACCCACCGAGAAAAAGGAACGCGUUCACCACGAUGCACCUCUCAGCAGCCGCGAGCACGACGAUGCUCAGGGCUUCGACUACGACCACGAUGCCUUCCUGGGACAAAAGGAGGCCAAAUCUUUUGACGAGCUCAGCCCAGAGGAGAGCAAGCGCAGGCUAGGUGUGAUUGUAGAGAAGAUUGAUGGGGACAGUGAUGGUUUUGUCACUGAGGUGGAGCUGAAAGCUUGGAUUAAGAAGGCUCAGAAGAAGUACAUCUAUGAGAACGUGGACCGCCAAUGGAAGGACUUUGAUGUCAACAAUGACGGCAUGAUCUCCUGGGAGGAAUACAGGAACGUAACUUAUGGUACCUAUCUGGAUGACUCGGAACCAGAUGAUGGCUACAACUACCAGCACAUGAUGGCGAGGGAUGAGAGGCGUUUCAAAAUGGCCGACCAGAACGGAGACCAGAUCGCCAACAAAGAGGAGUUCACCGCCUUCCUACACCCAGAGGAGUACGACCACAUGAAGGACAUAGUGGUGCUGGAAACCAUGGAGGACAUUGAUAAGAAUGGUGAUGGUUUCAUUGACCUGAAUGAAUACAUAGGUGACAUGUACAACCAUGAAGAUGAGAUGGAGGAGCCAGACUGGGUUGCGACAGAGCGCGAGCAAUUCUCAGAGUUCCGGGACAAGAACAAAGACGGGAAGAUGGAUCGGGAGGAGACUAUGGACUGGAUCCUUCCUUCAGACUACGACCACGCAGAGGCCGAGGCCAAACACCUCGUCUACGAGUCUGACUCAAACAAAGAUGGAAAGCUCAGCAAGGAAGAAAUCCUGAACAAGUACGACCUGUUUGUAGGAAGUCAAGCAACUGACUUUGGCGAGGCGCUGGUACGGCACGAUGAGUUUUAGAUGAUUUAGUCCUAGCUAGAUAAAACAUUUUUAUACUUGGUUUGAUUUUUAUUUUGUACGAAACCUAUUCAUACAGUACAUUGUCUCCAAUUCGUUUGUGGUUGAUAGCACCUAAUAGUUACGUGUGUUUAUAUAUACUGACUUCCCAACACUUCAUUUUAUUGUUCUGUUACGUACAUAGGUAGUUUAGAUUGGUCAUUAUUUUUGCCUUGGUUUGAAACACAAUGGUAUACUCACAAGCACUGAAUACUCAUUUUGGAGUUGUUAUCAUUUAUAAUUCUUCCACCAAACCCUUCAUAUGUGGGAAUGAUUUGGUGUUUUUUACAGUCAUGUUUUGAAUGACACUGAUUGUAGUGAUAGCCCAUCAUUUCUUAGUAUAGUUAGUAGAUGAGAGAUGCUACCCAACAUUAGCCUCCUACAUUUCCUUUUACCCAGUGUGUGCCUUCUCUGAGUAGUCUUUUGGGAGCUCAACCAAUGAAACCAAUGACACUAAAUAUCAGUGAAUCAGAGGGUCAUGGGAAGGUGAGUCCACUACAGUGAAAUCAUCCCUCGCCCUGCUCUGUUUCUCCAUAAACACUUUCUUUGACCCCCUUUUCUUCACAUGUACUGUAUUUGUCUAUCAUGACUAGGGCCGUUAUUACAUGACUAGGGCCGUUAUUAUUAGCAGUUCAUCACUGCUUCUGUAGCCUUCUCCGCUGUCAAUCACUGCCUCUCAGCAGUCUACAGUGGCUUCCUCUCCUUGCCUCCAUCUGCAAUGGUCUAGAAACAAAUGAUAGGUGAAAGAAGUAUGUUAGAUGACCAAUGUGAAAUAAGAAAAGGAAACCGUUUUGGACUAUUGAGUAGCAGCACAAGUGUGAGAGCGCGUCUGUUGUUCUAUUGGUUAGAAAUAAGAGCGGUUGUUCUUCCUUCCUGUGGGGUGUGCUGAACUGAAAGGUUGGUGCAUGGCAGCGUCGUUGCUGAAUUACGCUUGCUUAAAAUUAAAUUAUGUUGAAGUAUUUACAUAGUCAGCAAGUGUUUAUUUUCUGAAUUUAUGCACAGAAUUUAUGGACAUUCAUAUUUUGGAUAGAAUGCUGUACUUUUGAUUCCACAGCCCAUUUCUCAAUAAAAAAAACCUAAUUGAGUAAACUUA